AAUCUAAGGCAAGACUUUCUACACGGAAAGCAAGCCUCCUUGUACACAACCAAAAUUUUCUUAAAUAUUCAAUAAAGAUAUUCAGUUUUAUAAUCAGCUAUGGAAAAUCAAAGCCCAGAAUCAUCAAAUCUACAAAAAUAGGUUAAAACAUAGAAACGAUCCCCAAACUGUGAAGAAAUUACGGCAAAAACAUGCUAAGAAGGACAAGAAAAAAGAAACUGGUUCUAAGAAAAGAGGAUCCAACAGUUCUGCAAGUAAAGCUCCCGCCAAGAGAAGAAGAAUUGUCAAAGCAAUUUGCAGAGAUGAGCUUUCUAAGUAUGUGGAUGUCAUCAUGUACCACUUGUGGAAGAAGUAUAAGAACAAGAAUUUUCCAAUCAACAGAUACACUAUAGCAGAUUGCUUUUUCAAAGUGUACAUCGAUAAGGCAUAUGUAAAUUACUAUAAAGCUGACGUUGGUAAGGAUUUUGCAACUCAAGAUGCGUCUGCAAAGACUGAUGAGGUUGCUGAUAUGGAGAUGUCAUUGAUUAACACCAUCAAGGGGUUUAGUCCACGCGCAGGCCAUCCUUGUCAUCUGGUUAAUGAGUUCUUUAUACCCAUUAACUGUGUUAGUGCCUUUCACUGGCUAUUGACAGUCAUUGAUUUAAAGGAUCAAUGCAUUCAUGUGUACGAUUCAAUGACCUCUUCACGAAAAAGAACAAAAACAAGAGUGAUUGAGAAGUUGGCUGUAAUGAUUCUGACUUACCUUCAGUAUAGUGAUUUUUUUAAGCAAAAGGUACCACCUAACUGGACUACAUUGGCAUCCUACAAAGGAAAGAUCAAACGUGAUCCAUUUCAAGUGGAAUACGUAUCCGAGAUAGCACAAAAAGAUUUAGGAAGUUUGGAUUGUGGUGUAUUUGUAGUUUUCUAUGUUGAGUAUCUAUGCAAGGGAUUAGGCAUUCCAUCUUUGGGUAUUGAUUCUUAAGAACAUCAUCUGAUAUAUGCUAGUCUUUUGUGCAAGUAUGGAUCUGAAAAAGCAGAGCAUGACUAUUUUAGUGAGAAUGACGAUCCACCAAGGCCAAGGAGAAAGCUUGCACAAAAAGAAACAUACCGUGUUUUGAAUAUUCAGUAGUUGUUUAUUUGUUAUCUAAUUGGAUAUUAAAAGCGUUGAUGAUGUUAGAAACUUUGAUGAUGAAAGUGAUGUUUAGAUAAACAUAUAUUAUUUUCUUUAAUGAUUAAAUACUUAUAUUUUGUCAUCCAUUAUAACGCAAUGCUAAAGCAUUUAAAUAUAUAUUUAUGUUUUUUUAUAUGUUUUUCUUACACUUUUUACAGACAUUGUAUUAGAUACAUAUUUUAAAAUAUUUUACAAUUGUACGUAUCUAAAAUAAAGAAACAUUUAUUACAA